CUUUUGAGGCAAAGUCUGCAAAAAAACAGCUAAUCUGUUUUCCAAACAGAUUUUUUUAUAAAUAACUGACAGGAGACGGGCUGUUUUUAUGGAAGUAUUAACCCAAAUGAUGGGUGUUAAUCAUUAAACCUUUUAGGUGGUGGCUCGCUUGUUUCUCUGAUAUUCUAAUCCGGGUCACAGAAUGGCUAAGGCAGCUUUAAGUGCAGGGUGGAUUUUUUUUCUCAGUUUGCCUGUGUUUUCCACUCUGAAAGAAUGUUGUGGCUGCUCUUUUUUCUAGUGACUGCUAUUCAUGCUGAACUUUGUCAACCAGAUGCAGAAAAUGCUUUUAAAGUGAGACUUAGUAUCAGAACAGCUCUGGGAGAUAAAGCAUAUGUCUGGGAUACAAAUGAAGAAUAUCUCUUCAAAGCAAUGGUGGCUUUCUCCAUGAGAAAAGUUCCCAACAGAGAAAGAACAGAAAUUUCCCAUGUCCUACUUUGCAAUGUAACCCAGAGGGUGUCAUUCUGGUUUGUGGUUACAGAUCCUUCGAAAACCCACACCAUUCCUGCUGUUGAGGUACAGUCAGCCAUAAGAAUGAAUAGGAACCGGAUCAACAAUGCCUUCUUUUUAAAUGACCAGACUCUGGAAUUUUUAAAAAUUCCUUCCACUCUUGCACCACCCACAGACCCACCUGUGCCCAUCUGGAUUAUUAUAUUUGGUGUGAUAUUUUGCAUUGUCAUAGUUGCAAUUAUGCUACUGGUUUUAUCAGGGAUCCGACAACGUAGAAGGAAGAACACAGGACCAUCUGAAGUGGAUGACAUCGAAGAUAAGUGUGAAAACACAGUCACAAUUGAAAAUGGCAUCCCCUGUGAUCCCCUGGACACGAAGAGAGGGCACGCUAAUGAUGCCUUCAUGACAGAGGAUGAGCGGCUCACCCCUCUCUGAAGGGCUGUUGUUUUGCUCCUCCAAGAAAUUCGACACCUGUCUCUAUGUGACUGCUGAGCACCCCCAAAUCCAAGAGCAGAUCAUAUAUUUUGUUUCACCAUUCUUCUUUUGUAAUAAAAUUUUGAGUGUGUUUGAAAGUGAAAGGCAAUCAAUUAUACCCAUGAAGACUACUGAAAUCAUAAGCUAUUUCCUAUCCAAAAUAUUCUAAAAUAUUUUUUGACAACAGUGUGUAAGUGUGGUCAUGUGGUGCUUUUAGUUAUUGAUUUAAGCAUUUCCAGAAAUAAGGUCACAUGUCAAAGACCUAAGGAAAAAUAAUUUUUCUGGUGGAGAAUACCUAUUAUAUGGUGUAGCCACUGAAAAUGGAUCCUCUAUGAAUAUUGUUUAUAUUGCUCUAUAUAUGACCAAGUAAGCAAACUAAAAUGCAAUUAUUGUAAAUGGGAUGAAUUAAAAAUGGCAGUGUUGGUAUACAGGGUGGAAUUUUAUCCUGUUAUCAUGCCAAUAGUUGCUUAUAUAUUUUCUGAACACCAGUCUCUAAUAGGACAGUUCUAUUUGUUGACUAUUUCUGCAAUUCAUAAAAGUUCAAUCUGUGUUAAUUUAAUAAAGUGCUAAUCACCUCUUUUUGAUUG